UUUUCUUCUUCGUCCUAUAUAUGACGCAGCCUUUGUGAGAAAUUUCGAAAUAGUUUCAAAAAACAAAUAUGGAGCUCGACUCUUACAACGAGCGCAAAGCUUUCGACGAGACCAAGGCAGGAGUUAAAGGUCUCGUCGAUGCUCACAUCACUGAGGUUCCUCAUAUCUUCCGUCUCCCUCAAGGUACCUUAUCCGACAAGAAACCCUCUGUUUCUGCCUCUGCGAUCCCUGUUGUCGACUUGGCAGAAGUAGACGUGUCACGUGAACGUGUCGUUGAGAAGAUCAAAGAUGCUGCAGAGACUUGGGGAUUUUUCCAGGUGAUCAAUCAUGGUGUUCCUUUAAGCGUUAUUGAAGAGAUCAAAGGUGGAGUUCGCAGGUUUCAUGAGCAAGAUCUCGAAGUUAAGAAAUCUUACUUCACGCGUGACCCCACCAAGAGUUUUGUCUACAAUAGUAAUUUUGAUCUGUACAAUCCUUCUUCUCUAUGUGUUAACUGGAGAGACACCUUCGUUUGUUGCAUGGCUCCCGAUCCUCCAAACCCUGAAGAGAUACCAUUGGCUUGCAGGGAUGCUAUGAUUGAGUACUCGAAGCAUGUGAUGACCUUAGGUGGUUUUCUCUUUGAGCUUCUCUCAGAAGCUCUUGGUUUACACUCGGAGAUACUUAAGAGCAUGGAUUGCAUGAAGGCUUUGAAUGUGGUCGGCCAUUAUUACCCUCCUUGUCCACAACCCGACCUAACUUUUGGCACAAGUCAGCAUUCCGACAGCUCCUUCAUCACCAUUCUUCUUCAGGACCAAAUCGGUGGUCUUCAAAUUCUUCGUAAGGACUCUUGGGUCGAUGUCACUCCUCUUCCCGGAGCGCUCGUCAUUAACAUAGGAGAUUAUUUACAGCUAAUAACGAAUGACAAGUUCAUAAGCGUGGAGCAUAGGGUGCUCACAAACAGAGCAGGACCGAGGAUUUCUGUGGCGGGCUUUUUCAGCACAAAUAUGCUUCCCAAUUCAACGGUUUACGGACCAAUCAAAGAGCUUCUUUCUGAAGAAAACCCUCCAAAAUACAAAGACUUCACUUUAGAAGAAUACAACAAGGGGUACUUUGAGAAAGGCCUUGACGGAACAUCGCAUCUGUCUAAGUUCAAGAUAUGAAGAACAUCUGAGUUAAAAUAUAUGUGCAUCAGUUCUUGUCUUGUUUUCCAUUUUAAGCUACUUUAUUUCCCUCUUAGCUCCCCUAUAACUAAACCACUACCAAAAGUAAGUACAGAAAUUGUGUGUCGGCAUUUAUUAAAUUCCCAUCGUAACAGCUUUGUAUUGGAUCAACAGAAAUAAAAUCA